ACUCUCUCUUUUUUUCCUUUCUGUCUGUGUCUCAGAAACACCUGGAGCAAUAUCUGAACAGCUUGCUAGAGAUGAACUUCUGCAGGAAUUUCCAUCACAUGAUGGAGUUUCUAGACGUGAGUCCUCUCUCUUUCAUCAAGGACCUGGGAGCCAAAGGCUUAGAGGGGUCGAUCUUGAAGAGAUCCGGGGGUCACCGAAUUCAGGGGCUCAACUGCUUUGGACACCACCAGUUCUGUUACCGCUGGUCCCGCAGGUGGCUGGUUGUGAAGGAUUCCUUUCUUCUCUACAUGAAGCCUGAAGCCGGGGUCGUCUCCUUCGUGCUGCUCUUUGACCCCGAGUUCAGAGUUCAGGUGGGGCGGAGCUACACCGCCACCAAGUACGGGGUGUGCAUCCAGAACUUCACCAGGUAAC